AUGUUUUCAACAUUCAGAAGAACAAAAGAGUCACUCCCUCUGUUAGCUCUUGCCUUAGCGUCAUUUGCAUCUGGGGUCCAUGCGAUUGGAUCCAGAUGUUCCUCUGGGCUCGUGCCAGACGUACCCGGUGCUUUAGUAAUAUCGACAACAGCCGAAGAGCGAUUGGGCAACUUAGACCCCAUCAAUGGUGGAACUAUUACGCCGGAUUUCUGUGAAGUGACUAUAACAUUAUCGCAUCUGGGUGAUAAUGAUCAAGUCAAUGUCUACGUAUCACUUCCAUUAACAGGAUGGAAUGGUCGAUUCCAAGCUCUCGGCGGUGGAGGAUUUGCAAUGAGACAAGGAGAAGAAGGUAUCCAUGCUGCAGUUUCCCAGGGUUACGCGGCAGCGCAUACAGAUGGAGGGUUUAUUCCAAACUCCAUGUCACCAGAGGCAUGGGCACUUGACAGCGAGGGAAAUAUCAAUUGGUCCCUGUUUCUCAAUUUUGCCUCCCGCUCACUUCAUGACUUGGCGGUUGUUGGUAAAUCUGUCUCAGCCUCUUUCUAUGGCAAACCGCCCAAAUAUUCUUACUGGAAUGGCUGCUCUACUGGUGGCAGACAAGGAUACAUGGAAGCUCAGAAGUAUCCCGAAGACUUUGAUGGCAUUAUGGCAAAUGCCCCUGCUAUUAACUGGCAUAAGUUUAUCCCGGCUGAGAUUUGGGGCCAGGUUGUCAUGAACCAAGAACAGGUCUUCCCCACAAGAUGCGAAUACAGUGCUUUUGUCAAUGCAAGUAUCGCUGCCUGCGAUGGUCUCGAUGGCGUCGUUGAUGGCGUCAUUGAAAACCAGGAUGAUUGCAAAUUUGACCCAUUCAGCUUGGUGGGUAGUGAAGCCACUUGUGACGAGAUUAGCUCUACCAUCACUGAGCCUAUGGCUGCAUUAAUUGAAAAGCUCCACCAAGGCCCACGCUCGGCAGAUGGAGGCUUCCUCUGGUACGGGCUUGCUUAUGGAACGUAUUAUGAUGAAACUCAACGCCUUGGUCUUGCCAUGAAUGCAGAGAUUAAUGGGAAGCGUGUUGGAAUUCCCUUCCCAAUCACCGAAAACUGGACCAAGUUCUUUAUUAAGCGCGAUCCCAAAUUCAACGUCUCGACUCUGACCUACUCUGACUAUGAGAAUCUCUUUGCGUACUCCGCCGCUCAGUAUCAUGAUAUUAUCGGAACUGACAACCCGGAUCUAUCUGCCUUUCGUCAACGAGGGGGAAAACUCCUUACCUGGCACGGCGUGGGUGAUACUGUCAUCUUCCCUGAAGGAACAACCGAAUACUAUAACCGUGUGAAGGAAACUAUGUCUGGGGUGGAUGUUGACGAAUUCUAUCGCCUAUUCCUGGCACCCGGUGUUGGACACUGUGAAGGAGGUGCUGGGCCUGUUCCAGUGGAUCCGUUGAGUCAACUUGUCGCCUGGGUGGAGGAAGGCAAGGCCCCAGACACAAUGCCCGCACAGACGACAAACGCGAAUGGUGCGACUGUUUCUCGAAACCUCUGCCAGUUCCCCUUGGUUUCUUUGUAUGAUGGCCAAGGCGAUCCUAAUCUGGCUGAGAGCUAUACCUGUGCCUCACACUUUGCGGUCAAGGAUUCAUUGCCAGAUAUCAAGGAUGAGCUCUAG